AAGCUGGCUACCUUUUUGUAGUACUUCCCAAUCCACUGGCGUACAUGCUCCAGCUGAGCUAAAGUGUCAGGGCUCUCCCAGAACCAAGCGGACGGACUGCAGUCUUUUUUCCAUUGUGCGGCGAACCCGGAGCUCGUCUGACUCGUCCCUGGAAAUUCGAGACCCUGAGAUUCCAUGGGGGUCCACGGUUUCACCACCUUCGUGGAAGGGAACCGAAAUUUCCUCUUUGAUGUAAAAUUCCGAGCCAACAACCUAAUUAUCGAUGGCAGCAGUUUGUUUUUCAAUCUCUAUUUGAAACAUUCUUUGGACCGAAGGCACGGAGGAGAUUAUGAUGCCUUUGCAUCCCUCGUCCUUGAUUUCUUCUGUGCCCUGCGUGCUUGUAAUAUCGAGCCCUAUGUGCUUCUGGAUGGAGGGAUUGACCCCAGUAAUAAAAAGUUUCAGACUCUGCAGCAGCGUCUGCAGUCCAGAAUAAGAGAAGCAGAUAACAUGUCACACGGUCGCAACGGCUCGGUUCUUCCCCUCCUUACCAAGCAAGUCUUCGUUGAAGUCCUCAUUCAGGAGAAAGUCCACCUAGUGCAAUGUCUCACAGAGGCCGAUUGGGAUAUUGCAUGUUUGGCUCAUGAAUGGAGGUGCCCGGUUCUGAGCAACGACAGUGAUUUUUUUAUUUUUGACCUGCCAGGUGGGUACAUGCCCCUCAAUUUUUUCCAGUGGACCAACCUCAACGGUAAAGCAUCUCAGCGCUACAUCCCAGCUCGAUGCUACACCACUCCAGUCCUCUGCAGUUUCUACCACAGAAUGAACCCAGAGUUACUGCCUCUCUGCGCCGUCCUGACUGGUAACGACUACGGCGCCCCAAAAGAAGCAGAAAUUCUCCUCCAGUUGAUCACAGAAUCAGCAAGAAACGUCAACCAAAGGAACAGUAAAUCCCCGUCCUCCCGAAUUGACGUCUUGCUUCGAUGGCUGUCCUCUUUUUCAUGUUCGGCGGACGCAUUAGCUGAAAUCAAAAGCCUCAUGAGGGCAAACAGUGGCGGGUCAAAGAAAAAGCAAAAAGUUGGGCUCACUACACAGCUGGAGAAACUUAUGAAGGAGUACCACGUCACCCCUCGGAGCCCUUUGUCUUGUUGGUUCACUGAAAACAAAAUUCCAGAAGGGUAUAACCAAACAUUACCCAAUUGUUUGUUAAAGGCAGCAGCUCAAGGGCUUGUAUCUCCUGUAGUGGUUGAUGCUUUGGUGAUGCGAAGGGUGCUGCUUAACCCACAAGUGGAAAACAGCAGGAACCCGAGCAGCUAUUGUUGCGCCAGAGCGAUACGACAGGCGAUAUAUGGAAUUUUACUGCUGGACGGGAAGAAAAUGAGUGCUGGCAAAUUGAUGGUUUUUGUGGAGGAGUUUGAUCGGGUCAACCUCAACUUGAAGGUAAACCAAGUGGAGCCUCAGUGGUUAAAAUCACAUUUCCACGUGGAUACGCUGAAUAAGGUCCCUGAAGCACUCAGGUGUAAUGCCUUUUUUGAAGUCCUAAGGGUGAAUCCGGCUGCUUUGGUUCAUGUUCCCGCUAACAUCCGGCUAGCAGUUGCAGUAACCAGCUUCUGGCUGCAGGAGGCCAAACCGAAGCCUUCACACUAUCAGCUUCAGGCUUUAGUCAUGGGAAUGGUUUACGGAGAGCUGCUUUUGAUGGAGAAAAGUGGAAUUGUAUGCUACCAAAUUCCUGCUCCAAUUUCCAAGUUUCAAUGGGGUGAGGAGCACAGUUUCAUCGCUUACAUGGAUCACCUCCGUUCGAGGUCCAGGAGCAAUUUUGUGGACAUCGCAGCGGCUCACAGCUUCAGCCAAUGGCAGGCUUGUCUUUGGAGCGCACUCUGUUUGAAUCAACUUUUGUUAAGGCCAAUCCAGGAAAACCCCCUCUCGCGUUUGUUCAGUGGUAGCUUGGUGCAUGGCAUUCUCAGCUUUCUAAAAGAGGGCGGAAAAGUAAGUCACGUGCUAACGGAGGUUGCUUCCAACAUUUACUCCACCCUGUUGCACGCCGUGAAGAACUGCAGCACCAAAGGUCAGCCUUCCCCUGUGAUGGAGGUCAUGGGGCGAGGUGGAGGACGAAGAGGAAGAGGAAGAGGGAGAGGGGGACAAAGUAGAGGAAGAGGACAAGGAAGAAGAGGGGCUGAGGAGAUAAGCAACCGAUUUGCUGUUUUGGAGAUGAACGAUAUAAAUGACUUCCCUCUAUGGUACUUCCUCCUUUUGCAAGAUCACAGCCCUUGUCUGGAUUACAUUUGUACCCAGAAUAUUCAACAAUAUAACCUCAGAAGGAAUACUGUUCAUCUCCAGCCUCUAAUCUGCCAGCAUUCUCACAACCUGAAAUUCAACGAACACGCGAAGGACAAAAAGAGAAAACUGCAUCCUUCAACAGUGACUAUCAUCCAUCACUUUACACAAAAUUUAAGACCCAUGGGGGUCCGCGGUUUAACCACCUUCGUGGAAGGAAACCAAAAAUUCCACUCUGAUGUAAAAUUCCGAGCCAGCAAACUAAUUAUCGACGCCAGCUGUUUGAUUUACCAUCUCUAUUCGGAAAGUUCUUUGGACCAACACCACGGAGGAGAAUAUGAUGCCUUUGCAUCCCUCGUCUCGGAGUUCUUUUCUGCCCUGCGUGCUUGUAAUAUCGAGCCCUAUGUGCUUCUGGAUGGAGGCUCUGACCCCACUAAUAAAAAGUUUAAGACUCUGCAGCAGCGUCUGCAGUACAAAAUAAGAGAAGCAGAUAAGAUGUCACAUGGUCGCAACGGCUCGAUUCUUCCCCUCCUUACCACGCAAGUCUUCAUCGAGGUCCUCAUUCAGGAGAAAGUCCACCUAGUGCAAUGUCUCACAGAGGCCGACUGGGAUAUUGCCUGUUUGGCUCAUGAAUGGAACUGCCCGGUUCUGAGCAACGACAGUGAUUUUUUUAUUUUUGACCUGCCAGGUGGGUACAUGCCCCUCAAUUUUUUCCAUUGGAACGACCUCAAAGGUGAAGCAUCUGAGCGCUACAUACCAGCUCGAUGCUACACCAGAAAAGUUCUCUGUGAUUUCUACCACAUGAGCCCAGAAUUACUGCCUCUCUUCGCCGUCUUUAAUGGUAAUGACUACUCCAGCCGAGAUGUACAUGAAAUUCUCCAGUUGAUCAAAGAAUCCACAAGAAACGUCAACCAAAUGAGGAGCAGAUCCCCGUCCUCCCGAUUUGACUUCUUGCUUAGAUGGCUGUCCUCUUUUUCAUGUUCAGCGGAUGCGUUAGCGAAAGUCAAAAGCCUCAUGAGAGAAAACAGUCGCGGGUCUAUGAACGAGCAAAAAGUUGGGCUCACUUCACAGCUGGAGGAACGUAUGAAGGAUUACCACGUCACCCCUCGGAGCCCUUUGUCUUGUUGGUUCACUGAAAACAAAAUUCCAGAAGGGUAUAACCAAACAUUACCCAAUUGUUUGUUAAAGGCAGCAGCACAAGGGCUUAUAUCUCCUUUAGUGGUUGAUACGUUGGUGAUGCGAAGGGUGAUGCUUUACAUACAAGUGGAGGACAGCAGAAACCCAAGUAGCUAUUGUUGCGCCAGAGCGAUACGACAGGCGAUAUAUGGGAUUUUACUGCUGGAUGAGAACCAAAUGAGUGCUAGCAAAUCUGAAGAAGUGACAGUUUUUGUGGAGGAGUUCGAUCGAGUCAACCUCAGCGUGCAGGUGAACCAAGUGGAGCCGCGGUGGUUAAAAUCACAUUUCCACGUGGAUGGGCUGAAUAAGAUUGCAGAAGCAGACCGCUGUAAAGCCAUUUUUGAAGUCCUAGGGGUGAAUCGGGAUGCAUUGGCUCACGUUCCUGCUAACAUCCAGCUAGCGGUUGCAGUAACCAGCUUCUGGCUGCAGGAGGCCAAACCAAAGCCUUCGCACUAUCACCUUCAGGCUUUAGUCCUGGGAAUGGUUUACGGAGAGCUGCUUUUGAUGGAGGAAAGUGGAAUUAUAUGCUACCAAAUUCCUGCUCAAAUUCAAUGGGCUGAGGAGCACCGUUUCAUCACUUCUAUGAAACGCCUCCGUUCGAGGUCCAGGAGCAAUUUUGUGGACAUCGCAGCGGCUCACAGCUUCAGCCAAUGGCAGGCUUGUCUUUGGUGCGCACACUCUUUGAAUCAACUCUUGUUAAGGCCAAUCCAGGAAAAACCCCUCUCAAGUUUGUUCAGCGGUACCUUGGUGGACGGCAUACUCGGUUUUCUAAAAGAGGGCAGAGAAGUAAGUCACGUGCUAACAGAAGUUGCUUCCAGCAUAUACUCCACCCUGUUGCACGCCGUGGAGAACUGCAGCACCAAAGGUCAGCCUUCCCCUGUGGGGGAGGUCAAAGAGGAAGGUGGAGGACGAAAAAGAAGAUGGAGUGGGGAACAAAGUAGAGGAAGAGGACAAGAAAGAAGCAGGAUGAGGAGAUAAGCAACCGAUAUGCUGCUUUGGAGAUGAAUGAGUAAGAUACAAAUUAUAUUAACAUUGGCUGUCAUUGAUGAUUGUCAAUAGUAGCCAAUGAGCUACAUGGGACCAAAUUUUAUUGAAUUUUAAUAUUACACCUAUAUUUCCUCUUGUGCCUUUAAUUCAAGACCACGCAAUUCCUUGAAAUCAUUCAUUUUUACUAUUCAGGUUUAAAUAUUUGGAACUGAAAUGCACUAUUGUUUUUAAAGAUUGUAAUGCUGAUUAUUUUUACAAAAAGAAAAUUGUCAUUUUAAGCAGUAAUAAGUAUGGGUGUAAUUCCAUAAUGGGGUACCGCACGGUACACGUCACUUCUGCUCAUUAAUAUUUAUGACGUUAGCUACUGUGGCUCUGCUGUUAGCUAAGGGGGGACAAGUUUCUGUUUGUCCCCAAUAGGAAAUGAAUGGAAAUGGUGUACGAAAGAGAUGUUUACAGAGCUAAACCUACCAAUUCUGUCCGAAAAUGAUGUCCCUGGUGCCAAAUUCACUGGUAAAGAUGUGGAAGAACAAAUGUUCCGUUAAAGAGAUGGCUUGAGUGUCGAAAAAACGAGCCGACCGAAGCUUACCCUUAGCUUUUUUAUCGACACAUUUUUAUUACGCCUCUGACAAUGACAUUCUCCCGUUUCAACAAUCUUUUACAAUAUUUUACCACCAUAAGCCCUGUCUUUCUUAUAUAUUAUAUCAUCCGGUUGUGUUACGUCUCUGACCGUUCUUUUGGGGGGCAAUUGACAUUGUUGUUUUUGUGUAGCGAUCGCAAAUGCUACUCGUUGACAGCCAACGAAAACUUUUCAUUUUUUCAUUAAUAACAAAUCUUAAUUCUAUUCAUUUAUUCACACUUUGUUUCUUUACAAGUUGUUUCUUUACAACAGAAAAGAUAACAACGGUGGCAGUCAGAUACCACUUUUAUUUUAUUUUUUUCAGGUCAUUCAUUGUCAGACAAAAGCAGCACGGCAAACGCCACGCUAAAAAAAUAAGUCAAAAUAUCAAAAUGGCUGACCUCUUGGCCCAAACAAAAUGUUUACUGCAUCUGAAAUGUGAACGGCUUCAACUUGCUGUCGUUAAGCUGGUCUUUUAGACGUCCGCGCCAUAGUAGCAUAGUUGCUCCAUUCUUCACAGUUUUUGGUUCCGGGAGAGAAUGAAGAAAACAUCCUUUAUAUGUCGUAAUGUCUAGAGUCGUUUCUACAAGUUCCAUAGUAGAAGUGAAUAAUCGGCAUGUCAUUUUUUGAAAGAUUACCAGAGAAAGAAGGCCGAAAUAUAAUGGUUGGCAUGCGAGGGCGUGUAUAUAAUGUCUCACUUCCGCUUUACGGUGCGACGUCACGGCCUAACAAUAGCCUGCUUGCGGUACGUCAUUUCAUGACGAUACGGAUGGAUAACAAUUCUUUACCUAAAGGUACAAUAUUUGCCGAUACUAUAUUGCAAUUUAACUCAAUGAGAGAGAGAACUUUGUUUGAAAAUACUGUACAUCCAAAAAAAUGCAAAAAGAAAGGUUUUCCAUUUACUGUGCGUAAAAAAUACCUAGCAAUAAAAAAGUGAAGUAUUUCAAUGCAAUUUAGAAAUGAAAAUGUAAGACCUGGGUAUAAGUAAAAGUAUUCCCAAUAAAAUAAAAUCCAACUUUAAUCGUGCACAUACGGUAGUUGCCUAUUUUAUUCCAAGUCAGUGUUUACACACCUGGCUACUACAAUCAAAAAGAUAAGAAAAGUUUUCAGGAGUCGCAUGACGCUGACGUCAUGUGGAAUUUCGACUAUUGUCAUAAACCGUUGAAGCGAAAACUCACAGAUGACAGAAAAUGCUCCGUUGCUUUUGCUCUUGCUGCUUCCGAAAAGAAAAUUCUGUCAAUGAGGUAUGUGUUGAGAUAAUUAUUGAAAGUUAUUAAAUAUUUGUUUUUGCCAAUGAAUGCUUACAAUCAAAUAUUGCUUACAAUCAAAUAUAGUGUUGAUGAUUGAUUAAUUGCAAGAAUAAAGUGUGUCAUGAUUGACUGUCAUAACUAUAUUAAUGGCAUAUAUAAAUGAAUGGGUUUGAUUACCUUAGACAUGUUUAACUCGUAAUGAAACUGCCUUGUCACUCCUUACGGUUUAGACCGGCCUAGGUUCCACAGGUCAACUUCCAGGACAAGCUACAGACAUUGAGAAACUAGACUGGGACAUUUAAAAAAUUAUAUGGUUGCUGUAUUUUAGUGUUACAUUCUAUUAUUGUUUGCCAUUGCUUUAUGAAAUGUAUUAGCAUACACAUAUGUAUAUAUAAUUCCACCUACAUACACACACAUAGACAAACAAAUACAAGGGGUGUCUCCAGCUUGCUCCCCCUUUCCUUUAAGGGAGACACCCAUCUGUUGCUAGGGACAACCCCCAAAUAAAAAGAAAAGGCGCAGGAGGGUUUAGUUUGAGCGUUUUUGGUGACUGCAUAGUGAAUUCCACUGUUUAGUUCCUCCCGCUCUCCUUGCGCAAGAAAAACAAAAACUGAGUGCCUUCUCUCCUUAUUUUGGGUAAUAUUAUAAAUGUCUACCUAAGAAUUGUUGUUUGAACUUGACAGUAAGUAUUCAAUU